AGCCCCUGGCUGCGCAGACUCCGCUGCCGCUCGCACACGGUGCGGUCGAGCCGGACACCAGGAAAACAGUUCCCUGUUUGGAUCUAACCACUUAGCACUCUUUUGUAAUUAACCUGCCGGCUUCAACCCCCGCACCUUGAAGGAGGAGAUGACCCUGGCCCCGCGGUGCCCCACACUGCAGCCAGCGUGCUGGAGGAGGACAUCGCCGGCUCCCCGGCACCAGACAGCCAGACACGCCACGCCGGCCCCGGAGCUGCUGCCUGGACCCCUUCCAACCACCCUCAGCGUGACAAGGAGGGGGCUCUGCGCCCGGCCCCCCAGCUGCCCCAUCUCCCUGCCUUGGCCUCCCAGCACGUCCCCGCCACCGCACCGCGGAGCCGGUGCCCCGACCACGUCUUUUUCCAGUCCCACCAAAGAUGUCCCGGUGCCGCUGGGUGAGCUCCUGAGCUGGGUCUCCGACGUCAGCAGGUCAUGGAUGGGCUCGAGGGGAGCCCGGGAGGCUGCGGCUGCUCGGCGGCGCUCACCAGCACAGUGUGGCUGGAUGUCCAUCUCACCUCCCCUCAUCGCCGCCACGGAGCCCGUCCCCUGCCCCGGGGCCGGUUGGACCGCGCCUGAGGACGUGGGGACGUGCUCCCUCGCCCUUUGCACUUGCCAGAGUCCCCGGGCAGAGACCGGGGCUGCAGUGCCUGGGCAGCCAGUGGCCCGAGAGGCACCCACGGGGUCACCCAAUCCCUCCUCGCCCUGCACACCCCCUCCUCCCCAGGGACGGCCUCCCGGCGCGGUGCUGGGCUCACCGUGGAUCUCCAUGGCAUCUCCUUCUUCCCCCCUGCUCUCAUCUACCACCUGUAAAUCCAGUCAUGUUACCCUUCGCCUCCGGUGUCGUUAUUGCUCUCAUUAUCCCGUUUGGCUUUGCAUGAGGCGCCGCUGCCCGCGGCUCCGGGAUGCUUCCCACUCCCUGGGGCCCCCCGUGCCCCGACCAUCACUCAUCGGGGCAUCGGGGGCCCAUCGAUCACCCAAACAAGUGUUUUGGGGGCAAAACACUAAAAUCCUGACCUACACAUACUGCGAAGUGUCUGUAAAAGGAGCAGUGUGGACCCAGGGCUCCCCUGCAAGGGCAGUAAAGGAGAAUCCUCUGAAACCAGCCAGCAGCUCUGUGUGGUCUGUUUGCCCCUCCAGCCUCGCCACCGUGGCUGUGGGCUGGGGGCUCUCAUUGCCUCCUGUGGCUUUGUGCCAUGGGCUGCUGGUCCUGGUGGAACGUGCUGGGGCACGGUGGGUCUGACCGGCUCCUGGCACAGGUGCUUCACCCAUGGGCUGGGCCUUGGUGUCCCCACGGUGCUGCUGGGCACAGAGCAGGGCCGCAGGGGUGUCCCCAGGGCUGUCCCCAGGGCUGUCCCAGGCUGGUGGCACAGCCGGCACUGCCAGGAGGUGAGUGUGGGUGCAGCCCCUGGCCAGCAGAUCCCUGGUUUUGGGGAGUGAGCAGUGCUGGAACGUGGGGACUGUAGAGGCUUUCGAGGCUGAAUCUUUCCCAUGGGGACAAACCCAUCCCUUCCAGCCCCGUCAGUGGGGCUCUGGGCAUGGCAGGGACACUGUCCCCCACGGCACUCUUCCCUGUGCCCAUAUGUGCCAUUACCACUGCUAGUCCAGGGCUGUGCCCACUGUUCCCGUGGCCUCUGCCCAGUGCAGGCUGUGCCGUGGGCUCUCCCUUUUCGGGCAGCGAGGGGCUGUUGUGGGCAGAUGGCAGCAGUUUGCUGUGAGGAUGAGGGGCUGGAGGGGAUCAGGGUGUGCUGGCCCAGCAGCCACUGACAGGGCAGCAGCGCUUGGGAGGGACAGUCCCAGCAAACUGGGAAAUGUCAGUGCAGCUGCCAGCGCAGGUGUGGGCAGCUCAAGGGGUCUGUCCAGCCUGGUGAGCCAAGUGCCACCCUCUGCCCAGGCUGGGGCUCCCUGAGCGGGAGACUCAUCCUGUGGCAGUGCCAGGAGCACCAGGCACCACGCUGGGAGUGCCAGAGCUGUCUGGGCCUUUGUGGGACCCCUGUGACGUCCAGGGGCUGGUGAGGUCUCGCUGUGCCAGGAGCAGCUGGGCAUGUCCACGCUGGCAGCAGCCCUGAGUGGGGAGGCCGGGCUGGCCAGGACAGAUGGCGGCGGCUGGGAGGACGUUAAUUGCAUUGUCCGUCUGCAAUUAACCACAUCUGUCCCCGCCGGCAGCGGGACGUGGCCGUUGGGCGCAGCAGGGCCAGGGAGACUGGGGGGGUCGCAGGCUCGGGAGGGGUCCCCGGGCAGCGAUGACGUUCCCUGGGGUGUCAUGGGCUGCCCAGGGUCACACAGCAUUUCACUGCCCCUCCAGGUAUUCCCUGCGUCCCCCCGACCUUUCCUGCUCCCCCACACAUACCCUACUCCCCCCACCUUCCCGACCCUCCCCUCCUCCCCUCUCCCCAGCCAGUCACCUCUCUCAAAGCUCGUGAGGCCACCAAGAGCCCUCUUCUGGCCCAGGGCUAAGCCCCAUGGCCCAGCCCCAUGGCCCAGCCCCACGUCACCGCCUGACACUGGUGGGGUUCAGCUCUGGUCCCUGGUGAGAGACCCCCCUGCUCCUGGGCCUGACCAUGGGACCUGCGUCCACAUGACAGAGGAGAUCCCACCCCCUAAAUGCCCUUUCCCACACCCCCUCAGCCCUGUGCCCCUGGCACGGGGACCCUUCCAUUGUGCCCAGGGUGGUGGGAUCCUCCCGCCUUGGCUGGCAAAGGGGCACAGGAGACGGGGACAUCCCGAAACCUGGGCUGUCUGCUCCCGGGUGCUGUGGGGUGAGCGCGCAACUCCCAACCCAGCACAGUGUCCUUUGUCCAUGGACCCUCUCCAUUGGCUCGUGCUGCUCCACGUCUCCAUUGGCUCGUCCUGUCUGCCCCCUGAGACCCCCCGUCCCUCCCAGAGCCCCUUCAGCACCACGUGCUGGGAGUGACCAGACCAGUGUGUAACCAGGCCGAGCUUGGCACGAUGGAAAACUCCGUGACAUUCCCAAUUUUAAUGCCCGCUGCCGUGCGGCUCGGAGCUCACCCUCCCCACCCCCCUCGAGCUAAACCAUCCCUCAGCAUUAACACCGCGGGCCGCGGCGUGUGGGGCACCGAGUGUCGCCCUGCCCGUGGUGCCGACCAGCCCUGGAGGGGUCCCUCGCCCCCCGCCCGGCGCACAUCGGCCUCGGCCAACCCCCCGUCACGGUGUGAGCGGCAGCACCGCCCCG